CGAUAUUUACCCCAGUCCAUUUGAAAAGGUGUUUUCGACGAGUGUAGGAAUAUAGAGCGCGAAUAUGGCUGGAUAAAGCCUCGAGUUGCAAGUCAUGCGGCCACUCUUUCUGUCCCUAGUUAACAUACUAUCUUCGUCUCACUUGCUGGUUGGAAUUCCAGUCGAUUGGAGCUUGCACCCUGAAAUUCUCUCUCCUUUAUGCGGUGGGACUCUGAUCUCAGCGGUUGGGCAGCGCCUGCAUAGCACGCAGAUGGCCAUAGAGUUCCCUAGCCCGAAACGAAUUGCUUUCGAUAUUCCUCAGCAAAGCUAAUCUAGCUUGAAGAGAGUUAAAACAGGAGAGAGAGUAUCGUAGAGCAAA